UCUCGUAUCCAAUUGAAGAAUCUCUCACCGAGUGGAUGUGUUAAGAGUUGAGUUUUGUGCGUGUAAAUGGAUUACAGAUGUGUUAAAUGCGGGUUUCGGAUCAAAACUCUGUUCGUGCAAUAUUCUCCUGGAAACAUUCGACUCAUGAAAUGUGAGAACUGCAGAGCAGUUGCUGACGAAUACAUUGAAUGUGAAAUCAUGAUUCUUUUGAUUGAUUUGAUUCUACACAAGCCACAAGCUUAUAGGCAUCUUCUCUAUAAUGUCAUCAAUCGCGAAACAGUGAAUCUUGAGGGUUUAUUAUGGAAGUCAACUAUUGGUUUUAUUCUUCUGGAUGCUUACAGAAGUCUGCUUUUGAGACGAAGCAAUGAAGAACAGUCCUCACCCAUGAAUUUUUCUUCUUUAGUUUGGCUAUGUCGAAAGAUGUUGAAGGAUGUUGUGUUUGGAAACAUAAUGUUUCUUUGUGUUUUUCUUCUUGCGUCAAGAUUUUGCCUAAAUACAUCAGCUGGAGUUUCCAGGUUCAAAGACUUUCUUCUUGCAAUCCUUAUUUCCAGUUACUUUAAGAUUUUUCUUGUUGCGAUGAUGAUUUGGAGAUUCCCAUCUUCUGUGAUAUUCAUUAUUGAUUUGCUGGUUUUAUCAUCCAAUAUAGUGGCUUUAAAAGUGAUCACGAAGUCAGCUAUGAACAAAAUUGUAGGGGCCUGCUUUGUUGCACAUGCUGUAAAGUUCUUUGUUAUUCAAGGGCUCAAGUUAACAUCUUUUAGAUAAUGUAGACAUUUUUAAUCGUCUGAUUGCCUCGAUAUAUUUAAACAGAGCAUAUGAUGUUGCGCUUUAUGUAAAAUUUAGUUAAGAUUAUCCUGCACUGCAAUGGCUCCGAAUCAUGUUGAAGACAUAAGGU